GAAACCAUCUUAAAUCGUAGAAGAGCUGCAGAAGAGCUGAGCAUCUCUGCAUGUAGACAUGUUUACAGUACAGCAUUAAAUCUGAUCUAGUUACAAAAAGAGAAGAAAAAAAAGUGACAGCAUUUGAAGAGGGUAAAGCUUGAGAGAUCGAUAAGAAGAUGACGCCCACAAGACACCCCAGUAAUCAGCAAAAAACGUCUUCCCCAGCUUGUCCGAUCUCUCAUGUCCAAAUAAAGACAGAGCUUCACCACUGUUCAGAUUGUGGGAAGAGUUUUACCUACCAGAGUAGUCUUCAAAAACACCGGCGCAAUCACACAGGUGAGAAACCCUACGACUGCUCGCAAUGUGGCAAGCGUUUUAAUCGCCUCGGCAAUUUCAAACGGCACCAACAGACUCACUCGGGAGAGAAGCCGUACGAUUGCCCGCAGUGUGGAAAGAGUUUUACUCAGCUCUGCUAUUUCAAGGAACACCAACGGAUUCACACGGGAGAGAAACCCUUUAUUUGCGUACAGUGUGGAAGCAGCUUUACUCAAUCGAGCACUCUCCGAAGACACCUGCGCAUUCACACGGGAGAGAAGCCGUAUCCCUGCCCGCAGUGCGGAAAGAGUUUCACUCGGUUCAGUAGUUUCAAAAAGCACCAACACGUUCACACGGGAGAGAAACCGUUUAUCUGCUUGCAGUGUGGGAGCAGGUUCGCUCACCUGGGUAAUCUGAAAACACACCAGCGCAUCCACACGGGAGAGCGUCCGUAUCACUGCUCGCACUGCGGGAAGCAUUUCACUCGACUCAGCAGUUUCAAACAACACCAGCAAAUUCACACGGGAGAGAAACCGUUCAUCUGCUUACAGUGUGGGAGACGAUUCACUCACUGCGGCACUCUGAAAACACACCAGCGCGUCCACACGGGAGAGAAGCCGUACCGCUGCGCACACUGUGGGAAGAGUUUUGCUCACAUGAAUAAUUUCCAGCGCCACCAGGGGACUCACACGGGACAGAAACCCUAUAAUUGCUCACAGUGCGGGAAGAGUUUUAAUCUAGAGCGUAAUCUCCAAGAUCACCAGCGCGUUCACACCGGAGAGAAUCUGUACCACUGCUCGCGCUGCGGGAAGCGGUUCAGCCGGCGCAGUAAUUUCGAACAACACCAACGGAUUCACACGGGAGAGAAACCGUUCAUCUGCUUACAGUGUGGGAGACGAUUCACUCAGCGAGGUACUCUUAAAACACACCAAAGGAUCCAUUCGGGAGAGAAGCCGUAUCAAUGCUCACACUGUGGACGGAGUUUUGCCCAUAUGAGUACUUUCCAGCGCCAUCAAGGAAGUCACACGUGACAGAAACCUAGAACUUCCAACAACACCAGCGCAUUCACACAGGAGAAAAACUAUACAGGAGAAGAGCCUUGUACAGCUGAAUCAUAACCAACAUCACCAGUAUUCACUAUGUAAUACACGCUUACACUUUCAACAGAUAUGUAAAAUCAUUUUAAAACACACAGUAGAUACAUCAGUGUUUCUACUUUGUGUUAAAAUACAGCCAGGUCCAUAAAUAUUUGGACAUAUACGGAGUUAUAGUUAUUUUAGUCGUCUACCACAGUACACUGAAGUUGAAAUUAGAUAAUGCAUGUGAGCUUGAAAGCAGAGGUUCAGCUUUAAAUUUAGCGUAUCUGAAUCCAAAUCCAUUGAACAGUGAAGGAAUUAAAGCACUUCGUCUAUAUGCCCUCCCCCCGAAAGUACUUGGAGAAAGUAACAUAAUCAUAAAAUUAAAUGCUCGUUUUUUUCAUACUUGGUUGCAAACCAUUUGCAGUCAAUGAAAGCAAACAGUCUUGGGACCUAAAAUAUGAUUAAGGAACAUUAAAGUAUGCCAAAUCAUUGUGACUUGUGGGUUACUAGAGUUACUAGAAUAUAUCCUUCAUGGCAGCUCGAGCCAAACAGAUAUACAGUGGAGAGCAUUGUAACCCUACUGAGCAUUGCUGUGUGGUUUUGGUAACUGUACUGCAGGUGAUCAGGAUAGCUACUGUAAGGAAAUCACAGGGACCGACUCCUGUCAGUGUAAGACAUCUACAACAGUAGCGAUGGGCUCUCAGUGUCUUCAGGAAUCCCUCUCACCCUCCCCACUCACUGUUCACACUUACCAAAGCUGGUAAAUGGUUCAGCAGCAUUACUGUCACCUUGUAACACUUCCACCUCCAUCUUUCCCUCACACCCUCUGACACUGUGAGUGUAGAAAGGCUGAGAGUGCACUUGUACAGGACUAUACCAAGUCACGUCACUAAUUUUUGCACAAGUUUUAAACUUUUGUGUGUGUGUGUGUGUGUGAUGUACAGUAUUUUCUACUACAACACACGUGACAGUAAUUAUGAACUUCAUUGUCAGAGAGUUUGUGCAUAAGCUAAUAAAG